AUGGAGAGGUUGGACACAUACGAGUCCGUCGACCUUAAUGAUAAAACUGUUCAGAUCUUACUAUUUCCUCCGCCUUGGAAUAGAUUCAAUGAGAAUGUCGCUUCUGGGUCGAGUGGCCUGAUGGCGAGAAAAAGCUGCCUCAAGACCGAAUGUCUUGCCCGAGAUGGCGCCAGGUGCGUAGUUACUGGGCUUUUCGAUGAAGACUCUCUUGAUGCUAACAGCAGCAGCCCCACAGCAUAUACAGGAUGUGUUCACAUUAUCCCAUUUGCCCUUGCAUCGUGGAGAACGGAAUCUGAAGAAUACGCGAAAGACAUUAUAUGGACACACCUGAUCCGCCUUUUUCCGAAAAUCCAGUCGAUGAAUUUUAACAGGGAGAACAUCAACGACACAAUGAACGUGAUGAUGAUGUCGAAAAGCCUGCAUAUUCACAUUGGGCGUUUCGAUUUCUCCUUUGAAGCGACCCCCCAGCUCCACAAAUACUACAUCCACAACUGGCGCCCGCGGAUCGAUAUGAACCUUCCUCGGACUGUUACAUUCAAGUGGUAUGAUCAAAGAUAUGACCUCCCCAGUCCCGAGCUUCUCGAAGUUCAUGCAAUCAUUGCCCGAAUAUUCCAUACAUCUGGCGUAGCAGAGAGAGUCGAAAAGGCACUUCGGGAUCUUGAAAAACAUUCUGGAGGACUGGCAAAGGAUGGCAGCACCGAUGUUUCUUCUAUGUUAGCCGCUACAAUAAUAGGUGUUCUCGGUUCCCGUGCCGGCGGCGUCCAGCAGACUCGAGCAGCGUGUCCAGAUUCCAAAAGCAGUGGACAGAGUGCUCAAUAG